CCUCUCCUUUGGCCUGGGGCUUCGGAGUCGGCACCGCAGCCAGCGCUGCUUUUCAGGAUGUCCAGCAAAGAAUCCUGUGGGAAAAAAGAGACGUCUCAGAGGAAGGAUACCACCACUUCAUCACCCAAUUUUGGUGAAAAAGACAAGAAAGAGAGAAAAACCUCAGCAAGUUCUACUAGUUCAUCUUCUAUAAGAUCAGUUUCAUCAGAAAAGAGAAAACGGAAAUCAGAUCAUAUAGAUGUUCUGUACUGUAAUACAAAAAGAAGACAAGAACAGAAAAGGUUGAGUGUAGAAAUUGACACUCUCAGAAGGAGACCAAAAAUCAGUUCUUCAUCCCAAAGACCUGUUAAACUCCAAGAAGCAUCAUAUUCAAAUGAUAAUCAAAUUAUUUCACAGAGUCCUUCUUCAAAUGGAACUAAAAAAGACAUACAUAAAUGUGUAGACUUUAAACAUAAAGAUAUCAAAUUGACAAAUGCUAGGAGCAAGCUUGACCAUGGAAUUAGAAGCCUUAGUAGUCCUAAGAUUGCCAGUGAUGUGAAACUUAAAGCCGAAGGCCAGGCAAGUGAAAAUAAAUGGUCUCAUUUACUUGUUCAGAGAGAGAAGAUGAAAGAACUCAAGAAAGAAAGAAACAAUAAAUUUAGAGACAAUUCUGAAAAAUGUGUCUUAGAGAAAUGGAAGAGAAAUCAAUUUUCUCAGGAUUAUAACUCCAACAAGAUAAUGAAGGAACCCUUGGAAUCUAGAAGACAGAAGAUCAGUUUCAAAAUCCCUAUAAAAUCUCGUGACACCCUCCAGAAACUUGUAGAGGAAAAUGUCUUCAAUUUAGAUUCUAACAAGUUGAAGACUAAGCAAGAAGAAAAAGAAUACCUGGAAAGCUCCCAGGUUUCAUUAAAUGUAACUAGGCAGAAAACUGAACAUUUACUUUCAGAUUUCACAUAUAAGCGGACUGUUCAUGAGUGGAAACGAAAACAUCAUUAUGACCAUCAAGAAAGUAAUGAUUCACAUUCUAGUGAAAACCUAACCCAGAGUUUUGAAGCACCAUGUUCUUCAGUGUCAUCUGAAAGUAUCCAGGAUACAGAUCAAGAGAUGCAGAUAGUAGAAGAGCUUCAUGCUGCACGUGUGGGAAAAAGUGUGGAUUUACCUGGAGAGUUAAUGAGUAUGGAAAUUGACUUAGAAGAUGAUGUACAUUCUUCCUCUGCAAAUAAUACUUCAGACAGAAAACUUCUAAUUGUUAUUGACACAAAUAUUCUGAUGAAUCAUCUCAAAUUUGUUAGAAUUCUGAAGGCAACAGAUGUACCAGGUUUUGAAAAACUUAUGUUAAUAAUUCCCUGGGUCGUUAUGCAAGAGCUAGAUCGUAUGAAGGAAGGAAAACUACUAAAACAUGCCCAGCACAAAGCUAUACCUGCAGUUCAUUUCAUCAAUGAGAGUCUCAGAAAUCAAGAUAGAAAGCUAUGGGGUCAAUCAAUACAACUUGCAUCCCAAAAACAUUAUGGAUUGAGUGAUGAGAACAAUGAUGAUCGAGUACUAAAAUGCUGUCUCCAGCACCAGGAAUUAUUCCCUUGUUCUUUUGUUAUUCUGUGCACGGAUGAUAGAAACUUAAGAAACAAAGGCCUAAUAAGUGGUGUGAAGUCACUCAGUAAAGAAGAAUUGAGUGCAGAGUUACUACACUUAUCUCUGAACACAGAUGUGUGUCAUCAGCCUUGUAUUCCUAAGCAACAGUUGAAAGCAGAAACAGCACCCUUGAAAGAGAGCUAUAAGGAGGAAUCUCUAAAUUCUGGACUGGCCAUUCUACUUGAGAGCAUUGUAUCUGAUCUUGAAAAAUCUCUUGGAACAGGUUUAUCUUCAAUAUUAGAAACAGAAAUGAAAAUUGCUUUUGGAAGCCUUUGGAUGGAGAUCCUGUACCUGAAACCUCCAUGGACUCUACUACAUUUACUACAGUGCUUUAAAAAACACUGGUUGGCUGUAUUUGGAUUAGUUAUGGAAAAGGACUUGCUUUUAACUAUUGAGAGCCUAUAUAAAAAUCUCUGUAAAGGUAUAUGUGGAAACUGGAUGAAUAGAUGCAGCUCAUAG